AUGCCCUUCGUCGGCCCGGAUGCCCAGCUGGCUGCUCGCAAAAGAAGAUGGGAACACGAUGAAGACGACGACGAAAUGAUCCGCCGGCUAUACGGCCCCGAAGAGUCCCCAGACCUCAUCCUCCUCAACCACCCUCACUACCACCAACCAUCACAGCAGUCCGAUCGAGCUCGCAAGAUCCUGCCUCUGUCUAACAAACGGGCACGGAUCGCGGAGGACGAGAUACACCUCCAAGAUAAUCACAACAGCCGCCGGCGGCUGUCCCAGCAGCUUCGCGUGCUGCACGACCAAACUCCCUCACUGGGCAGCAAAGCGGCGGCAACGAAGCCGCUCCUCACGCCCUGCCAUAUCUGCCACCGAAGACCAACGAAGAAAUCCCAGCUGGACUCAUUCGCCGAGUGCGAGGGAUGUGGAGAGCGCACAUGCUUCGUGUGCAUCCGCCAGUGCCAAGGAUGGAGCGGCGACGAAGGAAGCGCCCUGUCAGAGCAGGAGGUGCUGUCCCGCUCGUUCCACAUGGACGAUAUCGACGACAUGUCACCGGUGGGCGAGAAGCACCCUGACAAGAACUUCAGCUCUUCACAGACGCGAGCAAAGGGAUGGGACGCCCACGGCCACCGGACGGUCAUCUGCAGCCGGUGCUGUGUUGAGCGAGGUACCGAAGGAGAUGUUGUUUGCCUGGGCUGCCUAUCUACGACAGAGAUGGCUUAG